GAAGAAGCCGGGGCACAGGUCCUGUGUGCGAGGAGAGAGGGGGCACAGGUUGUGGGAGUAGAGACCAACACUGGCCGCAGUUGGGACACAGACACAAGAGGGAUGGGGUGAGUGCUUAGAUAAAGAGGGAUUACUGCUUGGGAAGAGUCCCAUUAGUAUUGGUGCUGUAGGUGUGCCAUAUUUACAUCCUGUGCCACUUCUUACUGGUUGGUGCCAUAAUGGCUGGGCUAUCUGCCAGCACUGUACUGAGGAGUUGGUUGGUUAUCACCUUAAUAGCUGCAAGUGCUUCUGGGACCCCUCUGUCCGCUGAUACUGCCCCAGCUCAGGUGUUUAACUCUGCAAGAAGCCAGGUGCCACCUAGGGGCACGGUGCCAAAACUGCGGCGCAGAUCCACAAACUCUCAGCCUUUCGAUGGCUCUGAUUUACUGCCAGACAGCGUUGAUGAGAAAUACCCCCCUGGAGAGCAGGAAGGGGGGACAGACACAGUAAUGCCCAGCUGGUCUCUACGCUGCCCACCCCGCUGCCGGUGUACGCCAACACUUGUCAACUGCUCAGGAGCUGGUUUGUGGAAAAUGCCCCCAGCGGGAGACUGCCCACCUGAGACUGCCAUCAUGGAUCUGUCAAGAAAUCAACUGACUUUGCUCCAAAUACGAGAGUUGAUUGGAUACAGGAGCCUAAGGAAGCUGAUCCUACGUGAGAACCAGAUUCAGAUCAUUGAUGAGAGUGCUGUGGUUUUCCUGCCGCCUCUGCAGUCUCUGGAUCUCUCGGGCAAUGGCUUGCCUUGUACUUGCCCCUUGCAACGUUUCAUUUCCCGUUUAUCGAAGGGAGGGGACCUGGAGACUGAUCGGGAGACAGAACUCUGUGCCCAGGGCCCCGGUGCCUCUGUGCUGCCUUGUGCGGAGCACUAUAUCUCUUGUGUACCAGGUUCCCCCGACUCUGUGCUGCCAUACUCAUUUGUAACACCGGCUGCUCUAUCCGCCAGCUCUUGCCUUGCUCUUUGCUUCCGCCAUGGCCAUUCUCAUUAUGGGCAAGAUGAUGCCCAACGGUGUUUGUGCGGCUCCAUCUCGACGGAGCCUGUUGAUCCCUGUGAUGUGUGUCCUGCCGGUGGCCAAAACCCUCAGUGCAACAAGGCUCUUAUUCCCGACCCUCAUCCUGUGGAGGUAUCAGUGUCUCUAUCGGGCCCCCUGCACUGCUCCGUGUUCCAGCUGGCAGAGUUUAGUGCCUUUGCCUCCAUCCCCAUAACACGGUUUGUGUGGCAUUUUGUUCCUGGCGAGGAGCCAGUCGUUACAACAGAUAGCAAUGCCCAUCACAAGUACAGCCUGCCUGGGCAAUACAGAGUGCUAGUACUGGCAGAGGGGCAGAGGCCUGGAGCAGAAGCUCUUGUGAGGGUGAUUGUGCCAGUGCAGGGGGCAGAGCUGCAGUGCCCUCCGGUGGCACAAACUGGGCAGAAUGUUGAGGUGUGGCUGAAUGUUCAUCAGGGUACAGACCUUCAGGCUGUGUAUGGGGUACAAGAGCCAGAGGGACACUUGCAGACAGAUGAUUCCUCUUGCCCCCGUGGGGGACGUGUCUUCCAGAAGAAUCUGAAUUGCUACUGGUUGAACCAAGUCAAGGAAUCGUUUGCAGACUCACGCACCCGCUGCCGCUCAAUACCCGGGGGUGAUAUUGCAUAUAUAGAAACUAUAGAGGAACUGACCUUUCUACAGGAAAUCUUUCUAAACCAUGCCCCUGUGUGGGUUAACGUUUCUCAAUCUAAAGAUCUUUCUGCUUUGAUGAGCCCAGCAUUAUAUCAGGAGUGCUCUCAGCUACCACUAGUGCCAGGUGGAACGGGCAAGAGCAGAUCUUGUAACGAGAAGGCUCCUUCAUUGUGUACAAGAAAGGCAGGGGUUCCCCUUCCGGAUGUGCCCACGUACCUGGUUGGAAUCCCUGUACUUACUGAUGCUGAGACACACAAUGCCAGUUUGGCUGAUUCCGUCACCGAUCUGCAGGGAGACAUUGAAAUCAUGCUGUUCCCAGGCCUCUGGUUCAGUCACUCGGGCUCCCCUGUAUCUCUGGAGUUUGGGGUUCAGCCAUUAAAGAAUGCUGUUGAGGCCAGAAUUCAAAUCCUACGGCCGUUCUGCAGUCCGGAGCAGCACCUGGUACCCCCAGGCUGUGAUCUCCUUCGGAACCCUUUUGCCAUUUGCCAUAAUCAGCCCCUGUGUAACACCAAAGCGGGCUGUGCCAAUGGGCAGCAGUGGUGCCCACUCAUUGAAAGCUGCCUGAGUAUUACACAGCCCUGCAGCACCUACACGCUCCAGAGCUACUUGCACCCUCCUCGGUAUCUGGGGACCCCUCCGGCUUAUUCCCCUGUUGCUGACAUCCCGCUGCUGCUGGAGCCAAGUACAUGUAGCCGGAACAUGCAGGUCCUGCUUUCCUCCUUGUCUAUCUCUGUGCAACCGGAUGAUAUUCUCUCCAUACAACACAGUGGAGACCAGGGUUCAUUCCUGCGCUGUAUUCCCCAUGGCCGUUCUGCCUGGAGUCAGAGUUAUUUAAGUAUGAGCCACUGGGGCUGGUGGGAGGAAUCUCUGCAAGUGGAAACUCCAUCUUGGAUGGAUGAUAUGGUAUGCGAUCUUCGUGCCACUUUUGCCUCGGAAGUGCAAAGCCUUGUGGUCUCGCCGCUGCUGGCAAGCUUUCAGGAACCUGGUACAUAUACGGUGAGUGCCACGUUGCACAAUGCAGUGAGUGAGACCGAGGUGGCCUGUGAGGUGUGUGUCCUGAGACCUGUCACCGGGCUGCAGAUUAUCUCUCCCACACCAUAUUCUGAUCCACUACACGUGCCAACACAUGACCGCACCUUGCUAGCAAUCCGUGCUCUCAGCUCCACACCAGCCUCUGUCCUAUGGGAAUCUCCUGUACAGAGAGAGGAGGCGGAGCUAGUUCCAACAUGUCCUCAAAGUAUGGCAGCUUCCCUUCCUGCUUGCCUCAACCCAUCCGGAGACACAAGGUUUGGCUGGAUGUGGCUUCGGCUAGAGGAACCACUGACCACUAUGCUCACCAUAGUAGUGACCAAUGAUGUCAGCGCCCAGAACCUGUCUGUUCAAAUCCAGUCACAUGACGCUAUACGAGGGCUUCACAUUCAGCCUGAUGGACCUCAGCACAUCCAAGUAAACCAGACUCAGAUUUUUACAGCUAAUGUUUCUCAGGGGUCAUCUGUUAAAUUCACAUGGAUCGUGGAUAAAAUGGAGGGGUUUGUGUACCAGGGACAAAGCUACAAGGUGACAUUCAGAACUGCAGGCUCCUAUCGCAUGAGGGUGCAGGCCGAGAAUCCAGUCAGCUCUCAGGUUGUGGAUGUGCUUCUAACAGUCCACGGGACCCUACCACUGCAAAAAGCUAAGCUGGUGGCACCUUCAUCUGUGCUACUGGUGUCUGAGAGCCAGGAAAUUGGCUUCGAAAUACAGGUGGACGGGUCAUCGGAUGUGACCAUAAGCUGGGACUUUGGAGACGGCAGCCCAAAGCUGACCAGAAGGUUCUCUCCACCAUACAACCCUCAGCUUCCACGUGACCCUAAGAGACAGAUUGUUACUUUGUCAACUAAAGAAGACCACCACUAUAUGCAAGAAGGACAUUAUGAAGUGACUGUGAUGGCCUAUAACAAUGUUUCUCAGAUCACUCGCUCCUUACAGCUUGUGGUGGUCCAUGCUCUGACAUCGCUAAUCCUUCAAGUCACUCCUCAGUCCCCUCAGCCAACAUCGGUUGCACUGUUCUCUGGGGUCUGUCUACCCUCUAGCUUGGAGGUGAAACUGUCUUGGGAUUUUGGUGAUGGCUCAAAGGUGGCACAUAGUGAUAGCCUGCAAUCUGAAAAUGUCUACCCGGCCAGUGGUUUCUACAACGUGACAGUGACUGCGAGCAAUGGACGGAGCCAUGUAUCUGGGUCCAUGAUAGUGAUGGUUGGACAAAUGAUUGAGGGGCUGGAGGUGAUGAGUAGUGGGCUUAGUGAGCUCGGCACGCAGACAGUAGUUACUGGAUCCCUUCGGAAGGGCACUGACAUCACUUGGAGCUUUGAUAUGGGGGAUGGCAAGUCAUACACUGACCAGUCAGAGCCAUCAGUAAGACAUACAUAUAAAGCUAAGGGCAUUUUUACAGUCUUGGUAGUUGCCAAGAACGCUAUGAACUCUGUUAAUUUAUCAAUCAACAUACAGGUUUACCAGGUCACUAUUACCGACGUCACUUUUCCACCAGUGGUGUCCAGCCUAAAUCUCACAAAAUUCAUUGUCCACGUUAAUGUGCCAUCUGUAAGCCUCGGUUUUCUCUGGGACUUUGGUGAUGGCAACCCUCCUGAACCAGUAAGUGGUAAGGCAGAGGUGUGGCACAGCUAUCUCCAGGCUGGGAAUUAUAGGCUACAGAUAACUGUAAAUGGAACUGUGACCACGACAACUCAAUUCAGGGACGUAACCGUUGAGGACCAAAUAAGAUCUGUCUCUUUAAUUGCAUCCCCAACUGCUGCUAAUCUGUCCCAGCCAAUCCUUUUCUCUGCAGCUGCACUACCCUCACCAGAUCCCCAACAUUUAUACAUGUAUCAGUGGAAUUUAGGCUUGGGAUCAGCACCAAUGGACUCUUCUUCUUCUGAGAUCAGCUGGACGUACAGCUCUGAAGGGAGCUACAAUGUGUUGGUGACUGUGUGGAACAGUGUGAGCAAGGAGCAGGCCCAGUGUCAUGUGAUUGUGCAGAGACCAAUCAGCAGCUUGGCUAUUCAGCACAAUGGAGGAGAAGAAGCAGUUUUAGUAGGUGCUAAGCAGUUCUUUACCGCUAAAGUCAAUGACGGGGUCACUGCUGAGUUCACGUGGGACUUUAGUGACUUGUCCCAUUCCAGCUAUGGCCCUACUGUAGCUCACACCUUCACUACGGCAGGUUAUAAAACGGUCACUGUAUAUGCAAAAAACAAAGUGAGCGAGGGCAAGGCAUUUAUUGUCCUGUCUGUGCAGGCACCAGUUGCAGCACUCUCUCUGUCUGUAGACCACAGAGUGGCAGAACCAGGUCAACCAAUACAUUUUUGGGCAUCAACAUCCAGCGGAGACUUAAUACAGUUUCAGUGGUCGUUAUGUGAGCACUGCCCUUAUAUAGAGGGGACCUCACAAUUCCAUCACAUAUUUUCUAAACCUGGAAUAUACGUGGUAAGUGUGGUAGCAAGGAAUGCUCUGAGCUCCGCACGUGCCAACAUCACUUUAGAAGUACAAGAGGCAGUAGAGGGUGUUAGCGUGCAGCAGGAGAAUGCCGAGGUUGAGGGAUAUGCUGCCCUUGCUGAGUCCUUAACGCUUACAGUUCAUAUGGUCAAGGGAUCCAAUCUAACUUUCCAGUGGGUCACUUGGCCAGAGCAGUGGGGUGGCCAGGAUAGGUCAUUGACUUUCACUCCAGUUAAGGUGGGGGAGAUAGGUGCUGAAGUUUGGGUAAAGAAUGCACUGGGGGUUACGUCAGCAAACAUCCAACUGCAGGUUAUUGAGAGGGUAUCAGGUGUCCAGGUACAGAAAAACCAAGACCCUGUUGCCCUUGGGUCUAAUGUAGAACUGACUGUUACCAUUCAGCAUGGUACUAAUCUACAGUAUAAAUGGGACCCUGGGGAGGGGUCAGUUGAGUUGAUUAGCCAAUCCCCCUCAUUAAACUAUACAUACCUCAUUCCUGGCCCAAAAACAAUAAAGGUUGUAGUAUCUAAUGCUCUGAGUUCCAGCAGUGCCUCGGCAGUGUUAAGAGUACAGCAACCCAUAUCCGGUGUUAGCAUAAGCCUUACAGAGUCACGGGAUUAUGAUGCACAGGAAUAUGAACUGGAUGCAGUGAAGUCAGGGACUGCCAUGUUUCUGGUUGGCUCAGUGCAAAAUGGCUCGGAUUUAUCGUGGGAGUGGGCAGUCACUGGACAUAAGCAAGUCAUUAGGUACCAUGUACAGAACGUGUCACACACCUUUAUAGAGCCUGGUCAGUACCAAGUGCAGCUUCGUGUCUGGAACAUUGUAAGUUCAGCCAAUGCCUCCCAUCUGCUACUAGUACAGGAGGCAGUAACCAGCCUAAGGGUCACCACAGAACAGAAUGGCUACUGCACGGGGCAAAAUGUAACCUUCUUUCUGAGCAUCGAGCAAGGUACACAUGUGAGUUUUAUGUUGACUGUCCCCUUUCUCAAUCUCCAUCUCAAACUGGAUGAAAAUUGUGGACACCUUGUUUUUCCCUUUCCUGGCAAUUACACCAUCUUGGCCACAGCGCUGAACCAGGUCAGCAAAGCAGAAGCCCGCCUUGACAUCACAGUGCUGGAAAAGGUGGAGAGCAUUCAGGUACUUGAUCUUCCCUCUGCCUGGUCUGUCAAUAAGACACUUCGUUUGAAAGCGAACAUCAAGCCUGACCCCUUUCUCAACAUCUUUUGGACCUUCUGGCAAAAUGGAGAUUCCAAUUACUCACUUUCCAGCUACAAUGCAGCAUACACACCUCUAAGAAAGGGAAGUCUCCAUAUCCAUCUCAAUGUUAGCAACCCCUUCUGUUGCUCUUCUCUUUCAUCAGUGGUGAUUAUUCAGGAGCCAGUCACCAGUAUGAUUCUCAGAAGUAACACGGAGCAGGUGUUCCUGAAUCAUUGUGUCCAGUUCUUUGUAGAACCCAAAGAUGGUUCAGACCUCAGGUUCCACUGGAGUUUUGGAGAUGCUCAAAAAAAUAUAACUAGCUUGGAAAGAUCUGUGGAACAUUGCUACAGCCACCCAGGGAAUUUUUUGGCCACUGCGGUUGGAUAUAAUUUAGUGAGCUUGGUUCAAGCACAGACAAAAGUCCGUGUAACAAUGGUAAAGUGUAAACAACCCAAGGCCCAGCUUCUUGGAGCUCCGGCCAAAAUGCCAAGAUCUCUUGGUGGACAGAUUGAAGUCAGUGUGGAUCUGAGAGGGUGCACUGAGUAUAAGGUGAUUUAUUUAUGGGAGUUCUACAAAGGAUCCAACUGUAGCUCAAACCAACUGAGUAUACCUAAACUAGAUAUCUCUAGCCCCCUGCUGACCAUCUAUGGACACACCUUGGACAUUGGUUUAUACUGUUUGCUUAUGAUUGUAAAGCUGCAAGGGACAUCACUGUCACAUCAAGUGACACACCUACUCACUAUCACGCCCAGCCCACUAGUAGCAGUGAUACAUGGAGGCACUAAGCGGAUAUGGCCAGUCGAACGAGACCUUGUCUUAGAUGGAACAGCAUCACAUGAUCCAGAUCUUGCAGAUGGAGUGAAGGAGACAAGCCUGGAGUAUGAGUGGAGCUCAGAACCAAUGGAGGUGAUAGAGGAACCUGCCUGCAUGCUACCCAGUCUGCCAUCCAUUUCCCAGGUCUCAGUCUCCCUACCUGCAUUGUGUGCCGACUCCACAUACAUCUUCACGUUGACUGUAAAGAAGCCAGGACGGGAGCCAGCAACGGCCAAACAGAUGGUGUCACUCCACGGUGGCUCUGUCUUGGUGGUGUCUCCUCGUUGCAUAUCAUGCAACACAGUCUCCUCCUCCGUGAUGAGUAGCAAAGUUCCUGUGAUUCUCUCUGGUGAAUGUGAUACCUGCGACAGAGAAACACAGUACACCUGGAGUGCUGUUGAUUCCAAUGGAUUGAGUCUGAUGCUGGAUAACCAGACCACCACUACGGGUCCAAGAAGACAUGAACUGGUGGUUAGGAAAGGAAUCCUAGAGGAUGGACUAAACUAUACUUUUACCCUGAAGGUUAUUCAGUUGGAGAAACAGAGGUGGGGUGAGGGCAGCAUAACCCUCAUGGCAAACAACCCCCCCAGUGGAGGGCAAUGCACCCUUUUCCCCCAGAACACCAUCUUGUGGCUGGAAACACCAUUGCAGUACAACUGCACAGGAUGGAUGGACCCAGAUAAGGACGGGCAGCUCCUAUUCAGUCUCUCUGUACAGAUGUGCAGUCGGCCCAGCUGUCGGAGACUGCAUUUGUAUCGAGGCCCCAGGAGUUGGAACAGAGUGCAAGCUCCGGCGGGGAGUCAGGAGGGGGACAUACAGGUGUUUGUGGAGAUAGAGGAUAUGAAGGGAGCACGGACUCUGGCCAUAAACAGAACCCUUACGGUCUCCAUCCAUGGCGCUACUAAGUUGCUGAGCACUCAGAUGGGGGAGAUUGUGCAGCAGCUGCAGAGAGACGGAGACCUCCAUCAUGUCCUGCCACUCGCACUGGAGGUGGUCACGGCUCUGAACCUGGACUCUGACGUCACAGAAGAGGAGCAAUCAAAUCGCACCGAUAUUCGUGAUAACAUAACCAGCGCUCUGACAUCACUGCGUGUCUCCAAUCUGUGGGAGGUGGCUGCCGUCAGUGCCGCGCUGACGCAGUGUGUGGCUUCCCCCCAUGAGAUAUCCCCAGGAACAUGGCUCCAGACAUUGGAAGCGGCAGAAAACAUGAUUAAUGUGAUGGCUACAGAAAGUGGGGCAGGACGCAGAGCCGAAACAGAGACUUCCGAAAAUGUCCUCACGUUGCUGGGUAGUGCCAUGGCCGCCUCUCCUUCAGAAGCCCUCUCUCUCUUUGCCUUCAACUUGACACGAGAGUUGACAAAGUCAGCAAUGCGUUCCCGUGUAAUCAGCGAAGAGCCAUUGUCACUGAAAGUCCCAGGAGUUCAGGUGCAUGGGUCCCUCGUCCUUCCGGAGGAUUUGCCCCAUUCACAGCCCUCUGCCCUGUGCCUAGUGGGUAACAUUCAGGGGGUGCCCACUGCCCUGAAAGGUCACAGCGAGGUGUUGCAGUUGGUCACUGAAAUGGACAAAAAUCCUUUCUCUUCAGGGUUACUCCCAAAUGCCCCGGUGACCACCAAGUUGGUUUCCCUUGAAUUCAGCUCCCCGGAAGGGGACACCAUAGCUGUGACAGACUUGCCGCUGGAAUCUGCAAUUCAGUUGAGGCUACCGGCAAAGAGUGACGUUAGCCUUAUACCAACUGCAGUGCCCUUAGCGCCAGGGGAUAGUGCCAACCUUACUGUGUCCAGCAGCUUGGAACAUACAUCUUCUGGCCUACACCUCCAUAUCAGCACCUCUCUGCCCACGGGAUUUGUUUGGCAUCAUGAAGAUUCUCCUGGCCUAUUAUUUGCAUGGGGACCCAUCCUUCCCACCAAUCAGUGUGAAGCAUAUGGCACCCAUGUCUUUAGAUUGUUCAAAGAUGCUGGGAGCACCCAGGAGUUCAGCCUCCUAUUUCCCCUAUGUUCCCUUUCCUUCCUGGAAUUCUACGUCAAUAUCACUAGCCUUCUUUCCGUCUCACCAGUCAAUGUGUCCGUCAGCCUUUUCUCCAGCCUGUGCCAGUACUUUCAUGUGCCCAGCCAGACAUGGCGGACUGAGGGCAUGACGCCCAGCAAUGCCAGCCAACCAAGCCAAGCUGUGUGUCACACCCGUCACCUCACACUCUUUGGUGCCAGUCUCUUUGUUCCUCCUCACCACCUUGUGUUACUGCCCCCGGCCCCACGACCUGGCCAAUGGACCCUUGUGCUUCUGGUUUGCUCUCUGCUCCUGUCCAUGUACCUGGUGCUCCUGUUAAUCUCUCACAAACUGGACCAUCUAGAUGUGUCGCGUGUCGGAACCAUUCCUCUGUGUGGUCAGCGCAGUCAGUACAAGUACUGGGUACUAGUGAAGACCGGCUGGAAAAGAGGGGCAGGUACCACAGCUCACGUUGGGAUAAGCCUGUACGGGCUGAGCAAGAGCGGCGCUCGUUACCUCGAGAGUGGGGGAGCGUUUGGCCGUGGUAGCAUUGACUACUUUCAGGUUGAAACGGAGUGUAACAUGGGAGAGAUCUGGAAGAUCCGCGUGUGGCAUGACAACACAGGUUUGGAUCCCUCGUGGUACCUCCAGUACGUGGCGGUUUGGGACAAGCAGACGGAUUUCCUCUACUUUUUUCUGGUGAACGAUUGGCUGUCCGUGGAGAAUGAGCGCAAUGGAGGGAGAGUGGAGAAAGAGGUUCUUGCCGCAUGCCCUCAGGAGCUACGUGGGUUCUACCGUGUGUUUCUGGCGCAGCUGCUCCUCGGUUUCACAGACUGGCACUUGUGGUUGUCGGUAUGGUGGCGCCCUGCCCGUAGCCGCUUCACACGGGUUCAAAGGGUGACCUGCUGUGCGCUGACCCUGCACCUCUACGUGGCAUCCUGUGCCCUGUGGUAUGGGGCUGUAGGGUUCACAGGGGAAAGCUCUCCACUCGGGGUCCAGUCCUUGGUCACAUGGGAGAGCGUAUUUGUCGGCGUAGUCGUGUCGCUUCUUGUACUGCCUCUCCAACUUUUAUUCACCUUUUUAUUUAGAGAAACUCGCAGCAUGGUAACUGUAGAGGAUGCUCCUUUAGCCUCUUCAGCCAUUGAGCAAGACAGCAAGUGUGGAGACACAUCUUCCAUCUUGUCCAUCCCUGGAGGACACGAGUCAUUGGUAGAUAUCAGCUCAUUAAGCCGGGAGUCUGUGUCCAGCAGCAAGUUGAAUUUUGACAUUGGAGAUCACAUCUUCUGGCAGGAGGAAGGCUGCGCCCCCUUGUGGUUCUCCUCGUGUGACACCAUAUGUGACUCUCCGUAUGAGACCCCGUGGCUUCAGGAUACAGACGCAGGACUCAGCUUCCCUCCAUCUCUGCGCAGGAAGAAGGGAAAGAUUUGUCUCGGGUUCGAGUCCUCCUGUAGCUCUGGGGAUGAUCCUCUGUCCUUAUCGGGGGGCUCCAGCAGCUGCCGCCGACUUUCCCUGUCAGAGAAUCUGCUUCAGUCCAUUACAACUGGUACCCGGCUGAGUGAAGGGUCCGACAGCGGCAGGUUCUCCCCGCGCACAGAUCUGCGCUCCAUCAGCCCUGAAAGCUUCAGCAGCGGCUGGUCAGACAAUGGCCGCUACUCUGAGGAUUGGAUGGGGGCAAAUCGCUGGUCCUUCGCCUCUUCAUUUGACUCGGAGGCAAACAGCCAGGACAGUGAGCUGCAGCAGUGCUGCGAUGGCGCCUCUCUCUCACCCUCGCCAUUCACAACACGAAUAGGUGUGCGCUGGAUCCCCCCUAGAUGGCUGUUCCCCCCCUGCAUUCGGUGGGUGCUGUACCCAGUGCUGGUCAUGUUGCUGGCCUCCUGCAUUAUCCUUACUAUUCUGUACAGUUCAUCCCUCUCUGACCAGGGCAUCCUUAUGUGGCUCAUCUCCUCCACCUGCGCUCUGCUCGCCUCCGCCAUCUUUCUGGAACCGCUUAAGGUCUUGGUGUGGUCCCUGCUCUCUGCCUUGUGGGUGCCACCGGUGCUCAGCGAGGGAGACGGUCUAGUGGAGGAGCCGCUUGUUAAAAAGAUAUCAGAUCGGCCUUGUACUGUCCGGGCACCCGGAGGCUUCAGCCUCCUCCAAGCAAAAGAAGAGGCCCGGAGAGUGCGGGCACUGAGGAGUUUGCUGAGGAGCUGCGCAGGUCACAUGGUUUUCUUCCUCCUGGUGCUGAUGGUGAAUUACCAGAAUUCUUUCCAUGAUGCCAACAUUCGGUUGCUGCACACAGCCAUGAAGCAGUCUGUUAAUCGGGCGACCAGCUCCCAUCUGAACGCCAGUACCAUUCAGAGUGUAUCCGGCCUAUGGCACUGGCUAGACACAGGAUUGCUUGCCCACCUGUAUAGUGAUCCUCGUGUGUCCUUAAUGGGAGCCCCCCGUCUGUGCCAACAACCAGCACUGCUGGACCCUCUCCCUGACUGGUUACUACUGGCAGCUUUUCAGUCUAGCUCACUGGAUAGGAAUUCAUCUGUUGGAUCUCUACCCAUUUACUGGGGAGACACAGAACCCUGCAUCAAUCAUGGCUGUCCACCGAUUGGCUGUCAGGAUUUAGGAACUGAUAAAAAAGAAAUACAACACAAUGUACGAAGGCUUAAGGCUGCAAACUGGAUGAAGGAGAGCUCUCUGUCUGUGGAGAUCACUCAGUACCACAGAGACGUUCAACUUCACAUCUCCACCCGCCUGUGCAUUUCCCUGUCGGCCCGUGGCCACGCGGUCUCCUCCCUGUCCAUCCUACCAUUCCACCUUCAGGAGACGAGAGAGGGCCUAAGCCUGCCCUUUGUACUGGCCGUAUCCUUGCUCUUUGCUGCUCUAUGCUUCCUUCUCCUGGAGCUCCGAGCCUUGGCCAGAUGUUGUACUGAUAGUGCCGGUUAUUCCCCAAACUGGACUCGCCUCGUUCUGGGACUGCUCUCCGGGGGAGUGGGUAUUGUGUACGUGCUUAGGAUGUCUCUGACCAAACAGCUGCUUCAACAAUACCGGGCACAGCCGACAGCUUUCACCAGCUUUUACACAGUGGCAGUCCUGGCACGGACAGAGGUAGCCCUUGCUGCCACCUUGCUUCUCUUGGGCAUGUUAAAGCUUGCCCAACAGUUGCGUUUUGUACGGCGCUGGGCGAUAUUUGGUAAGGCUUUUCAGAAUGUGAAGUGGGAACUUUUGGGAUCCAGCCUCAUCACAGCAACCAUCAUCCUGGCUCUCACACACAGUCUUUAUGUGGUCUCCUGUGCUGUAUAUCCAUCUCAUCAUAUUCCCGGCAACAAGCUGCUAAGAUCUGUGUUGGGAAAAGGAUCCAUCUUCCGACCUGUCCUGCAGAAUUCUCCUGCUCUGGGCUUCUGUGCCGGGCUGGGAAUCUGCCUGCUUGCUGUAUGCAGAGGGAUCUUGUGUGCAGCAGUGCUGAGUGGACAUAGGAAGGUCCGAGCGGAAAGCUACCGUCCGGUCUUAGAGCCGCAGGAUUAUGAGAUGAUUGACUUCCUGGUGAAAAGAUUCAAACUCUGGUUGGGACUCAUCAAAGCCAAAGAGUAUCGGCACACUGUGAGAUUUGAAGGGUUAAAGUCUGCCUGUUCCAGAUCGUCCAACAACGCCAGACUCUCCUGUCCUCAGUCUGCCACUCGCCUUUCCACUCGCUCAGCCUCUGUGUCUCCCGACGUGGCCUCAGCCAGUCCCCGCCCUGUGCUCACCCCAGGCCUAGCUGUGGAGCGCCUACCCACGGCUGUCACUGAUCUUCUGGACAAGCUAGAUAAAGUGACCACAGCCUUAGAGGAGGUGUGCGCUCUGGAACAAAGGCUGGAGGAGUGGCACAGGACAGUGGGGUCUACCAAACCUUCAAAGACAGAGAAACCUAGUACUUCUACCAACAAGCAUCUUCAGCUUCCUCGCACCUACAGUACUUUUUCAGAGUCGGCCAUAACUCAGAUGCAAUCGAAGGUUCUGACUUAUAAUGGAAGUAGGCUCUUCCUCAGGCCAGCCCCUGAUAGUGCUGACCAUAUGCGUAGGGCACGUCUGCAUGGAGCCCCCAGUGUGAGCCACGGAGUCAGAGGGAACACAUGGAGACCUAACAGUGAGGAGAGUUCCAGGGGCAGGAAACCAUUGGAAGACCCAAACAGACCCAUACCCCGCAAGCGUAGAGCCUGGGACUGUGAGAGGCAAGGGGAUACCUAAGUGCCUGCAGCUAACCUUUACCACAAGGAUGCUCAGCUCUUUGCCUCAGUAAUGCACCGUUUGGUCUCGCUGUAUGCUGCCAUUUGGAAGAGUGUAGAGUCCAAUAGCCAGUGUCUCUCUUGCUCUGUCACCUCCCAGCGCAGUGUCACUUCCUGGAAAACCUCACUCACCGAGGCCUACGAACAAAGGGAAAUAGAAUAAAUGGCGGGCUGAUGUGGGACACAUGGGGACACAGAUAACAGAACACCUCUCACCUGCUGGAAGUGCAAUUUAUGGAACAGCCGAAUGCUUGAAAGAUUUUCUUGCCCAAUUUUAGCUUCGAAUGUGGUAAUGCCCAAAGCAGUGAUACCUAAAACAAGAGAGACCACAUCAGAGCAUGCUGGGUAAUGACAUAAAUGCGGAAUGCGCCAAGAUUCCACAACUCACCAUAGGAUAACAUCAGCCGCACAGAUUCUUCGCCAAGCCCUCUGCCUCGGUAGCUGGGCUCUGCAAUAGAAGAAGGGGAAUUGUAGCUUUAAUGGAGGAGAACUGGGUCGAGCAGCAGAGAUGAUGGCUGAAGGAGAAUGUAGAAUGAAGAGAAUGUAGCAGAAAACUGGAUGAAAUGGUGUAAAGGCAGAGAUACAGGGAGUGAUACAGGGAUCUACUAGAUGGCAGAGUCACCCAAUAAACAUGCAAUGAAAAUAUGUCAUGAACACUGCAGAUACAGGGACGUUUCCACAUUACCAAUAUCACUUAAUAAAGGGGAAGUUAAACUUAA